GCCGAGCGCAAAGCCCUGACUGAGACUGCCGUGCAGGUCUCCUGGCUUUUGCAAACUGCGACCUGCAAUUUAGAACUGCGGCGGGGGAAAGGGUUGCACCCGCCAGGCUAGAAACAAGGCCAGGAAUGCUUCUAGGGCUACUGACCAAUUUCUGCAAUGGCGCUUCAAGUCCUUCUGUCUUUAUAAGCAUGAAGCUCCAACAGGUCGUGCUGAGCUCUCUGCCUCUCUUGAUCCUUGCCAGUGGUAUCAGCGCUCUCAAGCCUCCCAACAUCAACUUGCGGACGUUCAUUGGCUGUGCUGUGCGGGAGUUUACCUUCCUGGCCAAGAAACCGGGUUGCAAAGGGAUGCGCAUUACCACAGAUGCCUGCUGGGGACGCUGUGAGACCUGGGAGAAACCAGUGCUGGAUCCCCCUUACAUUGAAGCACACCACCGGGUCUGCACGUACAACGAGACCAAGCUGGUGACGGUGAGACUGCCAAAUUGUGCGGCCAAUGUCAGUCCUUUCUACACAUACCCAAAGGCCAUCCGGUGUGACUGCAGUAUCUGUCUCACCACAACCACUGAAUGCGAAACCAUCUGAAACUUCUAAUGACUGCAGUACAACUUGUUGGGGUGCUUUGGGUAAAAUCCUACCCGGCUAGGGCAAGCAUGGUGUUGAUGACAUAAAUCAGGACAGAGUAUAGCUAUCGUGGUUCUCUGCCCCAAUCCUUAUUUACGGAUCAGCUGUAAAUGCAUCCUAGCAACCUGCUGCAAGAUUUGCUUGAUACAGCUGUACAUUCCAAAGCCUUAUGAAUAAUAUUAUCCAUCCUAGUCCUGAUAGUACAGUUUAUGGUCAGAGACUAAAAUGCUGUGUGUGGACGCAACGGCAGCAUAAAUGCAAGAUUGGCUUGGAGUGUGAGA